UGUCUGCCUUCACGGGUUUGGCUGAAUUUAAGUAGGCAUGAUGAGCCAAGCCUAGCCGGUAGUCAUCUGAUAGCGGUGUGAGCAGCAAAACGAUAGUAUUGGAGACAAUGAUGGGGUUCCAACUUCUCGGCACUUUUCAGGCCGUUGUCUUUCUUCUUUUUACUUCGUCAUUGGUUCUGAGCGAAAGCUAUAGUAGAGAGGAUGACAGAGAGCAGCUGCCACCGGUCCACGACGACGAGUCUCCGUAUGGUUCCCUGUGGCCAGUUCCGCAGUCUGUGCACUUCGCUCCGACCGUGUUCUCCCUUAGCCCCUUUGACUUUAAAAUCGUCCAUGGGCCGGGGUCCUCAGCCGGCGCUGAUUGCUUCAUCCUACUGGAAGCUUUUCGCAGUUGUCAUCCAUUACAUAGGGUCAAUAAUAUCCCAGUUGCCCAGUUUCAAAGAGUUAGACAUAUUUGCUCCAAUGUUAGUGAUUAUCAACGACAAGUGAGUGACCUAAAACAUAAGUUCCAAGCUCGUGGUUAUAAUAAGGGGUUAAUAGAGAAAGCAUAUGACAAAGUUCAGACUAUGGAUAGAGGUGAUUUGUUGAAGGACAAUACUAAACACACAUCAGAAGGAUUGGAGACCUUUAGUCAGCUGGUAUAUGAAGACAUUUAUGGAAGGUACCUCAUCAACAAGUCUGAAAUCACAGACUUCCCAAGGUUUACCCACAGAGGGAUUUUGCUGGACUCUUCCAGACAUUUCCUGCCGGUCAAUGUCAUAUUGGCAAACCUGGAAGCCAUGGCUAUCAACAAAUUGAAUGUAUUUCACUGGCAUAUUGUGGAUAAUCAGGCUUUCCCAUAUCAAAGCUCUGCCUUCCCUGAUUUAAGUGACCAGGGUGCUUAUCAUCCAUUCACCCAUGUUUAUACAACCACUGAUAUCAAAACUAUACUUGAAUAUGCUCGACUAAGAGGGAUUAGAGUUGUCCCAGAAUUUGACUCUCCAGGGCACACACUAUCCUGGGGAAAAGGUCAAAGGGAUCUUCUGACUCCAUGUUAUAAUGGUGAAAAACCUACCGGUUCAUAUGGUCCUGUAAACCCCAUCCUGAAUAGCACCUAUGAUUUCAUGGCCAUUUUGUUCAAGGAGAUCAGUGAAACAUUUCCAGAUGCUUUUGUCCAUCUAGGAGGAGAUGAAGUAGAUUUUAGCUGCUGGCACUCAAAUCCUGACGUAACAAAAUUCAUGGAACAGCAAGGCUUUGGCAAAGACUACAAGAAACUGGAGUCUUACUACAUUAAGAAGAUCCUGGACAUUGUGUCAUCUACUAACAAAGGCUACAUGAUUUGGCAGGAGGUCUUUGAUAAUGAAGUGAAGAUAAAGCCAGACACAGUAGUUGAAGUGUGGAAGUCAGAACAUUAUCAAGACGAACUCCAUAAUGUAACAGCAGCUGGGUAUAAAACAAUUCUGGCUUCUCCCUGGUACCUAGAUUACAUUAGUUAUGGGCAGGACUGGCAGAAGUACUAUCGAGCUGAGCCACUCGACUUCAAUGGUACAGUAGCACAGAAGAAACUGGUGAUUGGAGGAGAAGCCUGCCUUUGGGGAGAGUUUGUUGAUGCAACUAACCUUACUCCAAGACUAUGGCCUCGUGCAAGUGCUGUAGGAGAGAGAUUAUGGAGCAGUCAGUCAGUGACAAAUGUUGGUGAUGCGUACAUUCGACUGGUUAAACAUCGCUGCCGCAUGGUCAGUCGUGGUAUACCAGCAGAACCUCCGUAUAUUGGAUACUGUGAUCACGAAUAUAAAGGACUGUGACUUCUUUCAAGACCAAUAUUCUUUUAACAGUGCCUGUCUACAAUCAUACAGAAAGGAAAAAAAAAAGAAUAAGGGAGCCAUUUUGCACUGCCAUAUAUAAAUGAAGAAAUGUGAAUAUUUUAAAAGAAUUCUGAUAGUAAUCUGUAGCAACAUAAGCCAUUUUUACUUAAACAGUUUUUAAAAGAUAAAUGUGUAACUGAUUUUUGUGCAUCUGUUGGCAGUAGUAAAACAUUUAUUUUUUCAGGAUUUCCAUGACUGUGGUAGUGAAUGUAGUGUCAUGUGCCUUAUCUGCCAUAGUUCUGAAAACCAGGAAAACCUAUACAACCAGAUCAUGUGCAGUUUAAUGUUACUGUAGGUGUUCUUUAUGAUUGACUGUAUGUAAGGUUUUCUGCAAAUAAAGAAUAUUUUUCUUAUUGUA